CCUGGAGGCUCCUACAUGGGCAGUGCCAGUCCGGGAGGUUCCAUCGUUGGUAGUGCCACGGGUGGAGGCUCCUUUAUUGCCAGUGCCAGUGGAAAUGCUAGAAGUUCUUUUGCAGUUGGCGGUAGUGCAAGUCCUAAAGGCUCUUUCGUUGCGAGUGGGAGCCCUAAAGGCUUGGGAGGUCAACUAGGCUCUUUUGCAGUUGCAGGACAAGAGGGAUCAUCCUCGC